ACCGUAGUGCACUGUGCAUGUCGCGGUGGCUGAUGGGAUAUAAGUGAUGAGCAAUAACAGAAGAGCUAAUCGUAACAAAUAAAAAUACAAACUCGCUUGAUUUAGUUAGUUGUUUAGUGUUAGUACGUUUAAUUUGUUUUCUCGUCGAUAAUUUCAGAUUUAUACUCGGGAUUAAUAUCGUCCUGCUCCAGGUAACUAAACAUGACAACAGCGGCAAGGCCAACGUUUGAGCCCGCACGAGGAGGACGGGGCAAAGGAGAGGGUGAUCUGAGUGCUUUGUCCAAACAAUACUCCAGCAGAGACCUGCCAGGACACACCAAGAUCAAAUACAGGCAGCCCACUCAGGAUGCUCCAGAAGAGGUGAGAGCUCGUGAUUUCAGACGUGAGCUGGAGGAGAGGGAGAGAGUUGCUGUUAAGGGCAGAGAUAGAGGAGCAAGAGAGCACACAACUUCUUCGUCAUCGUCUUCAUCCUCAUCCAAGCGGCCACGUCUAGAUCAGAUUCCUGCGGCCAACCUGGAUGCUGACGAUCCCCUCACUGAUGAUGAAGAUGACUCUGACUCCGGCUCUGACAGUGAUGAUGACACUGCCGCCCUGCUGGCUGAACUGGAGAAGAUCAAGAAGGAGCGAGCUGAGGAGCAGGAGAAGAAGGAAAGGGAGCAGAAAGCAGAAGAGGAGAGGAUACGUAUGGAGAACAUUCUGAGUGGGAAUCCACUGCUUAAUCUGGCAGGCCAGCAACAGCAGCAACAGCAACAACUACAACAACAACAAACGCAGAUCCAGAACACAUUCACUGUGAAAAGAAGGUGGGAUGAUGAUGUCGUGUUUAAGAACUGCGCUAAAGGAGUGGAUGAAUCACGCAAAGAAAAGCGCUUCAUUAAUGACACACUGCGCUCUGAAUUUCACAAGAAAUUCAUGGAGAAAUAUGUUAAAUAAGAUGUCCUGUUAUGGAUUUGUAUUUCAGCAAUUUGUAAAAGUUUUUUCCUUUAGUGAGUUUUACAUGUACUUCUUUUUGAAAUAUGGUCUUUGUGGGCUCCCAUUCAGUAGUUGCUCUGUAAUAGAAAUGUACCAAUAAACAGAAUUAAAAAAAAA